ACCUUGUAUGAACAUACAUUAUUAUUAAUAGGUAGGUAUUCAAAUCAAAAUAAUUCCCACAUACCACUACAUCACCACAAUCACAACAAACAAAUAUAAAAUGUUUGUCGCCGCUACUGGUGCUAAUCUAAAACCAUCAAACACAUGGCAUCUCGUGUGGGAGCGUACCUAACGAACCAUGCUUCCAACGUUGUAAGGUCCUUUGACGCGGGUCAAAUUUCCCGACAAGAGCCAGAACGUGCCAUGUGGCGAACGUUGGACACAUGCAUUCCGUCAGCACUCUCCCACACGAUGUGGCGAAUGGCCAUGUGUCCAACGUUGUAAGGCAUUCGCCACGUCGUGUGGGAGUGGUUUAAUAGCCGUACAUGAAUGUACACAGAGGUUAUAACACUUGAUCUGGCAACACCGCUCAAUUAUCACUGCUAGGACCCUUUGAGCAUUAAGAAGUCUGGGUCCGAGCUGUUUUAUUUGAUGUUUUGUCACAGAUAAAUGUUUUGUGGCGUUGUUUUUGAGACACCGAUUUGAUUUUCAGUAGAUUUUCCAAAAAUAUUAAAUAAUGAUGGAAUCUAAUGGGAAUUCUGUCAUAGAUCCAGAUGAUGAAGGAAUUAAGUACACCUACGUCAACGUGUUUAAGAACCCUAAUAAAUUACCAAUUAACAUAAUCCAUCUGGAGAAAAGGUAUCUGGAACUAAGAAAAGAUCUUCCCAGUGAUUUGGAUGGAACUAAUCUCCCAAAAUGCCAAAAAUUUUACGAUAGAAAGGCUAUAAUUUUACCUGCCUUGGAUAAAAGGUGGCUACCAAAAUGCAUACUAUACAAAUUUGAACCUUAUAUCUUCACAUUAUCAAAAGAAGAAAACAGUUCGUUUAUAUCAGAUAACACCCUGUUCAUAGGAGCACUGGAGUAUCUGUUGAACUGUAAUUUUCACCAGUUCUGGUGCACAAUAUUAUUUGAGCCUACAGCUGUUGUGUCUUUACGUAGCUUUCUUCUUAACCCAGUGUUGCCCCAUCAAUCUAAGUAUUUGAAGGGAGAAUUUUCUGACAUCAAUAAGACCAUAUUCAGUCUGUUUCUCUUGGUAUAUGAGAGGCUCACCACAUUCAAGGUUUCAGAAACAGAAUUCAUGACUCCAGAUUUUGGGUUAAAAAAAUUGUUGGAGCUGAAACUGAUAAAUCUACCAAUUGUUACUACGUUAGGUGCUUUAUAUAAAAAAAUAAACCUUGACUUUGUAAAUAAGGUGAUGUUAUUAUAUUUUGAUGAUACAUCACAACUGGACUUUCAAUUUAAGGAAGUAGAACAAACUAUUAACCAGACAUUGAUUGCUCUGGAUACAAUAAAUGGCCACUUAUGUGGAUUCCAAAAAGAUGCUUUGAUAGUUCCUAUAAGUCUAAAACCAAGGCCUGCAGUAUUCAACUUAGAAUGGGUAUAUUCUGUGGUGAAUUAUCUGCUGAACACAAUGUAUUUUCUAAAUGUGAUGCUGGAAUUCUAUAAGCCCUCUAUUGAGAUGUGUUUGGAGAAAGAUCUUCCUUUUAGGUUACCAAGUACCUAUGUAAGCAUAUAUCGUGAACUGUAUGAGAUGUUAGAUGAUAGAGAUGAAGUACUGAUACACCCAGAGCUGAGUGGCAUGAUAUUUGAUGAAAUAAACCUUGGAAGAGCACAGUUUGUUGAUACAUACCACUUUUUCGUAACACACUGCUUAGAUAAAGCUCUUGAAUACAUGAAUGAUGACAGGAUGCAGAAUCAAAUUGUCGAGAUGUAUUUGAAAUUGAUGAACACAGCAUUAGAUGAUGAGCAUUUUAUUUGUGAUUAUGAUGUUGAGUAUAAUAUCGCGAGUCAAAAUGAGAUGUUUGAGAGUUGUACAUCUGUAGAUCGAACGAGGACGCAAUUUAUUCUCGAUUGCCUACUGAAAUAUCGAAGGUACAAAACAUUGCAGAAGAUUUCUUCUCUGAAGCCAGACACCAUAGAGGAUGUUUUCAAGAAAUUCAAACCUCCUGAGAUUGUAAAAGAGGAAGUAAGCCCACAAGUAGUAGGUGCUAAACAAUCUGUAAUCAGUGAAAAGAAGAAGGAGCAAGAUGUUGAAAGCAUGAUCAAAGAAAUUAUGGAGAUGUUCCCGCAUCUUGGAGAUGGGUUCGUUUUAGCUUGUCUGGAAGCCUAUGACUAUAACGUGGCUGAAGUGACGAAUGCGAUCCUGGAACAAAGCUUGCAGGUGCAACUUUACGAUAUUCCAUUCGACAAGAUUCGAAUUCCUCCUGAUCCCGUAGCUAACAAACCAAUGAUGGCUCACACGGGAAAGAAACCCGAGUACGAUGAUGCUCUCAAAUUGCUCAAUGACAAGAAGGACAUGGAGAGGAUUAAGAUAUGGGUCUUGGAUGGAAUCCAAUACAGCAAUGAUUACAUUUACGACGAUGAAUACGACGACAGAGAUUUUGAUCAUGUUCCUAUGAAGGUAGCUGAUAAUCCCAUCGAUGAAGGAGAGCCCUCCCUUCCUACGUUCAAUCCUAAUAGGGGGGAAUUGGCAAGUGACACCAGCUAUUCGUCUGAUGAAGAGUAUGAUGAUCAAGGGAAGCAUGUCGAUAAUAAAGCUGCUCCUAAAGAUAACAGUUCCAAGUUGAAUUUCUGCGAAGACCCAGCCGUGAUUCGAGAGAGGCGCGAACAGAGGUACAGAUCAAAACAUCCCCCAAAAAAUCCUCAACAGAAGGCUAACGUUGUGGGCAAACCGAAAGGACAUGGACAGGAUAAAAAUGUGCAGAAGGCUAGAGAUAAGAAGGAGACCCAGAAGUCGUCCAAGGCAAACCACAACAGGAAAAGUGGGGCUAGCUGGAAAAGGUCUAGGGGCAUGAUUCCUUCGUGAUGAGUCUUUUCGAAUCAAAAAAUUAAAUACAGCGUGUUUCCAAAAUAAGGGCCAAAAAUGUAAGGGUUGAUUAUUCUAAGACUGUUUUGUCGUUUUCUUAAAGGAUGCACUUGAAAAUCAGUCUUUUUUAAUGGACAACUCUGUCUUCGCUGUCAGUAAUGGUUUCUGAGUUAAAUUAUAUUAAGUUUUCCUGACGCGGAGUGCGAAAUAAAUGAAAUAUUAUCGUUUAGGGGGUUUUAGAAUGAUCCAAAGAUUCACCCCUUGGAUGUUUGAGUGACGUUGAAAUGCCCUGAUGAAACGUGUAUAAUUAUUGUCUAGGUUUUUCUCAAAGAAGAAACUUUUGAUCGAGUUUAUUUGGUUUGUCACAUGAAAAAAACAUUGUGGAGCAAAGUGGGGUAUUUGUCAAAAAUAUGAAUUUAGGUUUUUAAUGUUUUUUCGCUUUAUUUUAACCUAUUUUACAUAAAUAUAUCAAUAAAUAAAAACUUUUUUGUUCAAUGAAGAGAGCUUCAUUAAAAAAAUAAGGCUAGAUAUGUUUUAUUACACCAGGUGUUAAUAUUACUCCUGAAAUCUGGCUUAUUUUUUUGAGACUUGUUAUUCUAUGUGUCACUCCCAACAGUUCAUGAAGUGCUUUAAGAAACAGGCACAAUAACGGAUGAUUAGAGGAGAAUAAGAGUUUUAGUUUGAAGUGCAAAAAAUGUCUAUGAAAUAAUGUUUAUGUAUCGAGUAACUACAAUGCAAAUUAAGUAAAAAUAUGUUAUUUUGUUAUGUAACUAUACUCCAAAGGUUUAUACAAUAUUCUUUAUAUGAGAAAUAAAACUAUGUUUUCAAUUUA